CAAUCAAACCUCACAACUCCACGCGCCUCUAUCGUUAAAGAAGUGCUACACGCCGUUUGAAGAGAGAUCUCUGCUUGUUUACAAUAUUAGGGUAAGUAAACAACUGUUUGUUUGAAUAAGUACAGCACUUUCUUUACCCAAGAAACAUAUGUAAAAACUCAUGUUGUAUGUGUUUGAGGAGCAAAGAAGAGUGUCUUGCAUUUGUCACCGAGUCAUAGCCAGUCUUAAAUAGUCUCUGUGUUGCGCUAAUUAAAAAUGCUUAGUCACUCUUUGUAUUUGUAUUGCAUGUUCAAUUUUAAUCUAACGAAACAGCCUAUGUCUUCAUUCACUCAAACUCUUCUUGCGUUCCACUGUGACAUCACUGUGAUCGCCGCAUUCGAUGAGUUCGAUCAGAACGUUCGAUGAGUAUAAGCUCGAGUGCAAAGGCAAAGUUCCUUUUGUAGCGAGUCGGCGAGUGUUUUUCACAGUUACAGAUUGCAUAUAGUCAUUUCACCAUCACAUCAAACAUUGGAAUCUAUUGGAGUAUGUCAACCAUGCCCAGUAUUUAUUCUGAUGAGCUCACCAUGGCCCUUGCUGCUGGAAAGUGGUGGGCGAUGGUGGAAAUUGCAUUCCCUAUAUCCGAGGAGCCCGAGUAUGGGGGCAUGUGGGGGGAUUUAGUGGAGGCUCAAGACACUUUAUGCCCCACAUCCCUGGUCUUCAGUGAUGCAUCUGAGAAGGCCCAGAGAAGGUCCCAGCACGCUGGCUUCUCAGAUGCAACACGGAAGACCACAAAGCGGUCAAGGCAGAAGAUUGCUCAGGGAGGCUCUGUCCCUGCCAGGUCCAAACAGGGAGCAUCUGUGCCUGAUUGGUCCCCACAUGGGACACCUGUGGCUGCUCCAAAGGACAAUGCAGGUGUGGACCCAAAAGGUGUGCCGGUGCAUUCUGGGACCCCACAGCGAGCACCCGUGCCUGAUUGGUCCCCACAUGGGACACCUGUGGCUGCUCCAAAGGACAAUGUAGGUCUGUGUCAGGCACCUCCACAAAAACUAUAUGUGGAAACUCACAACCUAAAUGAAAAGAUGCAGCAGCAGAACUUUAAUCUGGAGAGCCACAACCAUCAAGCUUCUCGGAGGAGACCGGAAAUUCGGAGCAGCCUUCGGCGUGGGUCCCAGCUGAGCCGCAAAAAAACAUCGGACAAUGCAGGUGUGGACCCUAAAGGUGUGCCGGUGCAUUCGGGGGCCCCACAGGUAGCACCCGUGCCUGAUGGGUCCCCACAUGGGACACCUGUGGCUGCUCCAAAGGUGCUAUAUGUGGAAACUAACAACCUAAAUGAAAAGACUGAGCAGCAGAACUUUAAUCUGGAGAGCCACAACCAUCAAGCUUCUCGGAGGAGACCGGAAAUUCGGAGCAGCCUUCGACGUGGGUCCCAGCUGAGCCGCAAAACAACAUCGGACAAUGCGGGUGUGGACCCUAAAAGUGUGCCGGUGCAUUCGGGGACCCCACAGGUAGCACCCGUGCCUGAUGGGUCCCCACAUGGGACACCUGUGGCUGCUCCAAAGGACAAUGUAGGUCUGUGUCAGGCACCUCCACAAAAACUAUAUGUGGAAACUGACAACCUAAAUGAAAAGACGCAGCAGCAGAACUUUAAUCUGGAGAGCCACAACCAUCAAGCUUCUCGGAGGAGACCGGAAAUUCGGAGCAGCCUUCGGCGUGGGUCCCAACUGAGUCGCAAAAAAACAUCGGACAAUACAGGUGUGGACCCUAAAAGUGUGCCGGUGCAUUCGGGGGCCCCACAGGUAGCACCCGUGCCUGAUGGGUCCCCACAUGGGACACCUGUGGCUGCUCCAAAGGUGCUAUAUGUGGAAACUAACAACCUAAAUGAAAAGACUGAGCAGCAGAACUUUAAUAUGGAGAGCCACAACCGUCAAGCUUCUCGGAGGAGACCGGAAAUUCGGAGCAGCCUUCGGCGUGGGUCCCAGCUGAGCCGCAAAACAACAUCGGACAAUGCAGGUGUGGACCCUAAAAGUGUGCCGGUGCAUUCGGGGGCCCCACAGGUAGCACCCGUGCCUGAUGGGUCCCCACAUGGGACACCUGUGGCUGCUCCAAAGGUGCUAUAUGUGGAAACUAACAACCUAAAUGAAAAGACUGAGCAGCAGAACUUUAAUCUGGAGAGCCACAACCAUCAAGCUUCUCGGAGGAGACCGGAAAUUCGGAGCAGCCUUCGACGUGGGUCCCAGCUGAGCCGCAAAACAACAUCGGACAAUGCGGGUGUGGACCCUAAAAGUGUGCCGGUGCAUUCGGGGACCCCACAGGUAGCACCCGUGCCUGAUGGGUCCCCACAUGGGACACCUGUGGCUGCUCCAAAGGACAAUGUAGGUCUGUGUCAGGCACCUCCACAAAAACUAUAUGUGGAAACUGACAACCUAAAUGAAAAGACGCAGCAGCAGAACUUUAAUCUGGAGAGCCACAACCAUCAAGCUUCUCGGAGGAGACCGGAAAUUCGGAGCAGCCUUCGGCGUGGGUCCCAACUGAGUCGCAAAAAAACAUCGGACAAUACAGGUGUGGACCCUAAAAGUGUGCCGGUGCAUUCGGGGGCCCCACAGGUAGCACCCGUGCCUGAUGGGUCCCCACAUGGGACACCUGUGGCUGCUCCAAAGGUGCUAUAUGUGGAAACUAACAACCUAAAUGAAAAGACUGAGCAGCAGAACUUUAAUAUGGAGAGCCACAACCGUCAAGCUUCUCGGAGGAGACCGGAAAUUCGGAGCAGCCUUCGGCGUGGGUCCCAGCUGAGCCGCAAAACAACAUCGGACAAUGCAGGUGUGGACCCUAAAAGUGUGCCGGUGCAUUCGGGGGCCCCACAGGUAGCACCCGUGCCUGAUGGGUCCCCACAUGGGACACCUGUGGCUGCUCCAAAGGUGCUAUAUGUGGAAACUGUCAACCUAAAUGAAAAGAUGCAGGAGCAGAACUUAAAUCUGGAGAGCCACAACCAUCAAGCUUCUCGGAGGAGACCGGAAAUUCGGAGCAGCCUUCGGCGUGGGUCCCAGCUGAGCCGCAAAAAAACAUCGGACAAUGCAGGUGUGGACCCUAAAGGUGUGCCGGUGCAUUCAGAGACCCCACAGGGAGCACCCGUGCCUGAUGGGUCCCCACAUGGGACACCUGUGGCUGCUCCAAAGGUGCUAUAUGUGGAAACUGUCAACCUAAAUGAAAAGGUGCAGGAGCAGAACUUUAAUAUGGAGAGCCACAACCAUCAAUCUUCCCGGAGGAGACCGGAAAUUCGGAGCAGCCUUCGGCGUGGGUCCCAGCUGAGCCACAAAAAAACAUCGGACAAUGCAGGUGUGGACCUUAAAGGUGUGCCGGUGCAUUCGGGGACCCCACAGGGAGCACCCGUGCCUGAUGGGUCCCCACAUGGGACACCUGUGGCUGCUCCAAAGGUGCUAUAUGUGGAAACUGUCAACCUAAAUGAAAAGGGGCAGGAGCAGAACUUUAAUAUGGAGAGCCACAACCAUCAAUCUUCCCGGAGGAGACCGGAAAUUCGGAGCAGCCUUCGGCGUGGGUCCCAGCUGAGCCGCAAAAAAACAUCGGACAAUGCAGGUGUGGACCCUAAAGGUGUGCCGGUGCAUUCGGAGACCCCACAGGGAGCACCCGUGCCUGAUGGGUCCCCACAUGGGACACCUGUGGCUGCUCCAAAGGUGCUAUAUGUGGAAACUGUCAACCUAAAUGAAAAGGUGCAGGAGCAGAACUUUAAUAUGGAGAGCCACAACCAUCAAUCUUCCCGGAGGAGACCGGAAAUUCGGAGCAGCCUUCGGCGUGGGUCCCAGCUGAGCCACAAAAAAACAUCGGACAAUGCAGGUGUGGACCUUAAAGGUGUGCCGGUGCAUUCGGGGACCCCACAGGGAGCACCCGUGCCUGAUGGGUCCCCACAUGGGACACCUGUGGCUGCUCCAAAGGUGCUAUAUGUGGAAACUGUCAACCUAAAUGAAAAGGUGCAGGAGCAGAACUUUAAUAUGGAGAGCCACAACCAUCAAUCUUCCCGGAGGAGACCGGAAAUUCGGAGCAGCCUUCGGCGUGGGUCCCAGCUGAGCCACAAAAAAACAUCGGACAAUGCAGGUGUGGACCUUAAAGGUGUGCCGGUGCAUUCGGGGACCCCACAGGUAGCACCCGUGCCUGAUGGGUCCCCACAUGGGACACCUGUGGCUGCUCCAAAGGUGCUAUAUAUGGAAACUGACAACCUAAAUGAAAAGACGCAGCAGCAGAACUUAAAUCUGGAGAGCCACAAUCAUCAAGCUUCUCGGUGGACACCGGAAAUUUGGAGCAGCCUUUGGUGUGGGUCCCAGCUGAGCCGGAAAAGAGCAUUGGACAAUGCAGGUGUGGACCAGUCACCCCCCAGGAAAAAGCAGCGCAUGGCAAUCGAAGUCAAGGUCCAACAGUCAGAGCAGGGCAGCUUAACGCAAAUGGACCAUUUAUGUAGCAUGUUCACAAACUUUUGUACAAUUUCAAAUGACAACCUAAAUGAAAAGACGCAGCAGCAGAACUUAAAUCUGGAGAGCCACAACCAUCAAGCUUCUCGGAGGAGACCGGAAAUUCGGAGCAGCCUUCGGCGUGGGUCCCAGCUGAGCCGCAAAAAAACAUUGGACAAUGCAGGUGUGGACCCUAAAGGUGUGCCGGUGCAUUUGGGGACCCCACAGGUAGCACCCGUGCCUGAUGGGUCCCCACAUGGGACACCUGUGGCUGCUCCAAAGGUGCUAUAUAUGGAAACUGACAACCUAAAUGAAAAGACGCAGCAGCAGAACUUAAAUCUGGAGAGCCACAACCAUCAAGCUUCUCGGAGGAGACCGGAAAUUCGGAGCAGCCUUCGGCGUGGGUCCCAGCUGAGCCGCAAAAAAACAUUGGACAAUGCAGGUGUGGACCUUAAAGGUGUGCCGGUGCAUUCGGGGACCCCAAAGGUAGCACCCGUGCCUGAUGGGUCCCCACAUGGGACACCUGUGGCUGCUCCAAAGGUGCUAUAUGUGGAAACUGUCAACCUAAAUGAAAAGACGCAGCAGCAGAACUUAAAUCUGGAGAGCCACAAUCAUCAAGCUUCUCGGAGGAGACCGGAAAUUCGGAGCAGCCUUCGGCGUGGGUCCCAGCUGAGCCGCAAAAAAACAUCGGACAAUGCAGGUGUGGACCUUAAAGGUGUGCCGGUGCAUUCGGGGACCCCACAGGUAGCACCCGUGCCUGAUGGGUCCCCACAUGGGACACCUGUGGCUGCUCCAAAGGUGCUAUAUAUGGAAACUGACAACCUAAAUGAAAAGACGCAGCAGCAGAACUUAAAUCUAGAGAGCCACAACCAUCAAGCUUCUCGGAGGAGACACGAUAUUCGGAGCAGCCUUCGGCGUGGGUCCCAGCUGAGCCGCAAAAAAACAUCGGACAAUGCAGGUGUGGACCUUAAAGGUGUGCCGGUGCAUUCGGGGACCCCAAAGGUAGCACCCGUGCCUGAUGGGUCCCCACAUGGGACACCUGUGGCUGCUCCAAAGGUGCUAUAUGUGGAAACUGUCAACCUAAAUGAAAAGACGCAGCAGCAGAACUUAAAUCUGGAGAGCCACAACCAUCAAGCUUCUCGGAGGAGACCGGAAAUUCGGAGCAGCCUUCGGCGUGGGUCCCAGCUGAGCCGCAAAAAAACAUCGGACAAUGCAGGUGUGGACCUUAAAGGUGUGCCGGUGCAUUCGGGGACCCCACAGGUAGCACCCGUGCCUGAUGGGUCCCCACAUGGGACACCUGUGGCUGCUCCAAAGGUGCUAUAUAUGGAAACUGACAACCUAAAUGAAAAGACGCAGCAGCAGAACUUAAAUCUGGAGAGCCACAACCAUCAAGCUUCUCGGAGGAGACCCGAUAUUCGGAGCAGCCUUCGGCGUGGGUCCCAGCUGAGCCGCAAAAAAACAUUGGACAAUGCAGGUGUGGACCCUAAAGGUGUGCCGGUGCAUUUGGGGACCCCACAGGUAGCACCCGUGCCUGAUGGGUCCUCACAUGGGACACCUGUGGCUGCUCCAAAGGUGCUAUAUAUGGAAACUGACAACCUAAAUGAAAAGACGCAGCAGCAGCAGAAUUUAAAUCUGGAGAGCCACAACCAUCAAGCUUCUCGGAGGAGACCGGAAAUUCGGAGCAGCCUUCGGCGUGGGUCCCAGCUGAGCCGCAAAAAAACAUCGGACAAUGCAGGUGUGGACCUUAAAGGUGUGCCGGUGCAUUCGGGGACCCCAAAGGUAGCACCCGUGCCUGAUGGGUCCCCACAUGGGACACCUGUGGCUGCUCCAAAGGUGCUAUAUGUGGAAACUGUCAACCUAAAUGAAAAGACGCAGCAGCAGAACUUUAAUCUGGAGAGCCACAACCAUCAAUCUUCUCGGUGGAGACCGGAAAUUUGGAGCAGCCUUUGGCGUGGGUCCCAGCUGAGCCGGAAAAGAGCAUUGGACAAUGAAGGUGUGGACCAGUCACCCCCCAGAAAAAAGCAGCGCAUGGCAAUCGAAGUCAAGGUCCAACAGUCAGAGCAAGGCAGCUUAACGCAAAUGGACCAUUUAUGUAGCAUGUUCACAAACUUUUGUAUAAUUUCAAAUAUUUAAUAUUUAUAAUAUUGGUGGUGGUGAAGUGGUGUGAAAAAGUGCUUGCCCCAUUCCUGAUUUUUUAUUUUUUUGCAUGUUUGUCACACUUUAAUGUUUCAGAUCAU